AUGGACGACACCAUGGGCGGCACUCGUGGCCUGGUCGGCCAAGCGCGAGACGACGAGCAGGCCAGGAACGUCGUGGUCGGCGCCGGUGCCCUGACUGUGGCGAGGGACUACUACCGGAGGGGGAACUGGACGCUGCCGGAGACGAUGCUGCUGAUCGAGGCCAAGCGGAAGGUUCACGAGGAGCGGCACCCGGGGGACCAGGGCCUGGCGCGGUGGCGCUGGGUCGAGGACUACUGCUGGCGGGCCGGCUGCCGGCGCAGCCAGAACCAGUGCAACGACCGCUGGGACAACCUCAUGCGGGACUACAAGAAGGUGCGCGCGUACGAGCUAAGCGUCGGUGGAGCCGGUGCCGGCAGAGCGCCCAGCUACUGGGCGAUGGGCAGGGCGGAGAGGAAGGAGAGGGGCCUCCCGAGCAACCUCCUCCGCGAGAUAUACGACGCCAUGGGCGAGGUCAUCGAGAGGAGGAUGAGCAUGGGCUGCGGCGGCAGUGGCGGACCCGGCGGUGCGUUCACGGCGGCGGCGUCUUCUUCCAGCCUACUCGACGUCCCCAUGCAAGCUUCCCCGCUCGCUCAAGUGCUGCCACGACCUCUGCUGCCUCUAGAACAAGAGACGCACGGGCAUUCCAGCCCCGAGUCGCCGGAGAGGAAGAGGAGGCGGCCGUCACUGGAAGAGCUACGGCCAGGGAGCAGCAUGCCGUCAGCGCCCGGAACGCACGGCCACCGUCAGGAACAAGGACGCCACCGCGAGGAGGAGGAGGAGGAGGACGACGACGACGAUGAUGAGAGCUCGGAUGAGGCUGAGUACUCCGACGACGACUACAACGUCCUGAGCGGCGCGAUCGGACGGUGCGCGGCGAUCCUGUCAGAGGCGCUGGAGAGCCGGGAGGCCGCGGAGGAGCGGCGGCACCGGGAGGUGAUGGCCGUGGAGGAGCGGCGCGGCCACGCGCGGCAGGCGCGUCGCGAGGCCGGCGAGCAGUGCGUGGCCGGGCUGGCCGCCGCCGUGAACCAGCUCGCCGGGUCCAUGCUGGCGCUCGCCGCUGCCAAGCACAAGGACAAGGGCGGCGGCCCCGCGGCGCCCAAGUGA